AUGGAUUUGAAAAAGGAAGAUAAAAUAGUAUCAAAUUUAGGCAUUCCUUCUUCUUUUGGGAAGACAUACAGUGAAGAUGAAAAAGAUGCUACUAUAAGACUUAAACAUGCAACAAGAGAACAAUAUAAAUUGAUAAAAACAAAACAGCAAAAAAAAACUGAGUUGUUAAAGAAUAUAAAAGAAAGUCAAAGUGAUAAUUCUGAUGAUGAUGACGAAUUUGAUGAUGACGAGUUUAAUAUUGAUAGCAUCCCUGUGUCUCAUGAGCUCAUUCUUUCUGGAGAACAUAAAAAGUUAGUUUCUUCAAUAUCUUUGGAUCCAUCUGGGGCGCGGUUGCUUACAGCAUCGUAUGAUUCAACAUUUAAACUAUGGGAUUUCAAUACCAUGGAUAUAAAUAGCCAUCAUCCAUUUCGGUCUGUCGAACCUUUGGAAACUUAUCAGCUUCAUAGUGCUUUGUUUUCUCCCAACGGAAAGCAAAUAUUAGCGAUUCCUCGCUAUACCAAACCCAAAUUAUAUGAUAGAGAUGGUAUUGAAAUUGCAGAGUUUUCCUCAGGAGAUAUGUAUCUUGUAGAUAUGAAAAAUACCAAAGGUCAUACCGCAGAAAUAACUUCUGGAGCUUGGAAUCCAAUGUCAGGUGAUUUGUUUGCCACAUCUUCUAACGACUCCACAGUAAGAGUAUGGGACGUUAAUAACACUCGAAGUCAAAGAGAUGUUAUUGUGGUUCGAUCAAAAGGAAGUCGUGGAAAUAAAGUCCGCGUUGCCUGUGUGACUUGGUUCAAAAAUGAUUUAACUAUACCACCUAUUAUUGCAGGGACUGAUGAUGGUUCGAUCGGAUUAUGGGAUACAAGAAAUGAAAGCACUAGACCAUCUCAUUUUAUAGAAAGUGCGCAUUCAGCCUCUGUAACAGCAAUUGUUCAACGACCUCUAAGUCAAACCUUUGCUACUAGAGGUUUUGAUGGUGUUAUUAAUUUAUGGGAUUCGCGUCAAUUAAAAUCUCCAGUCCUUUCAAGAAGUGGUGUUAAAACAGCUUCUGAAGAUGGUAAUGACAUUAUUUUCGACCCUAGACCGUCAACUCUAGGACAAUAUUUAUUAGUUGGCAGCUUCGAAGGAAAAGUUCAUGUACUUGAUACAUCGGAUUUGAGUACGUUAAUGGUGAUAGAAGAUUUGGUAUCAUCAUCUGAUCAUAAAUCUUUUAUUAGUAGCAUUUCAUGGCAUCAAGGGCUAAACCAAAUUAUUACAGGUAGCUCGAAUGGUCAAAUUAACGUUCUUUUUUCACCAAGUACAUCACAUAAAGGUGCUCUCACAUCAAUAGAAAAAGUGCCAAGACGAAAAUAUGUUGACGAUGGAAACUUAGGGACAGUUAAUAUAUCAGCUGCUGGACUGGAGGCAGAUAUAACACAAGCUCGUGAAAAGCAAGAAGAACGUUUAAGAAUUAACAAAACUCGUGAACAUGAGGAUUUAUCUAAUCCAUUUAAAUCAAAAGGAAACUAUCGUUCUAAUAGAAGUGAUUCAGUUUCCUUUGAUAAAACUCAAAACAAGGGCACAGUAUGGAACAUUCCAAACCAAUCCUAUGUCAGAGAGAACGUUCAUUUAAGUGAAUUGAUUCAUGAAGACCCUAGAGAAGCUCUAUUAAAAUACGCUGAAAAAGCUGAAAAAACACCUGUAUUUUUCAAAGAAUCGGAUUACAGUAAAAGGCCUUUAGCUGAAACAGAAUCAGAAGACAAAAUUAAAGUAAAGAAACGGAAAAAUAAAUAG